GUAUUAUUUUCCAUGUCAUGUUCAUAUGGAGAAAAAGCAUCAUCACAGAAAGAGAAAAAGCAUACUUUCCUUGAGUCCCUCCCACCCACGUUCCUAUUUACAAUAAGAAUUAACUAAUGAGGCUUGGCCUUUUGCCACAAGAAACCACAGUUUUACUCAUAUAUCUCUGCAUACUUUCUCUACCACUCAUUCCUUCAUUUCUCAGACGAAAAUCAUGCCCGCAAUAGGAGAGCUCUUUCUUUCUGCUGCCCUUCAAGUGCUGUUUAACCGAUUGGCGUCUCCUGAGUUGCUGCAAUUCGCUCGCCAAGAGGGGCUUCAAAAACAGCUGGACAAGUGGAACGAAACGUUGACAAGAAUUCGAGAUGUGCUUGAUGAUGCAGAGGAGAAGCAACACACUCAAAGGUCAGUGAAAGCUUGGCUUGAUGAUCUCAGAGACUUAGCCUACGACGUGGAAGAUAUAUUGGAUGAGGUCGCCACGGAAGCAGCUUUACGACGCACGUUGAUGGGUGAAAAUCAAGCUAGCACUAGUAAGGUACGGAAGCUCGUCCCUUCUUGCUUUACCGGUUUAACUCCAAGUGCUGUCAGGAUCAAGAUUAGCAUGGGGUCAAAAAUAAAGGAAAUCACUGCUAGAUUUAAUGAUCUCGUGACACAAAAAGAUCAACUGAAUUUGAAGGAAAAUUCUACUCCGAGGUCAAGCAAAAGAAGAGAGAUACCUCCCUCAACUUCUGUGGUGACCGAAGAUCACAUCUACGGUAGGGAGGAAGUCGCAGAGGCUGUACUUCAAUUAUUGAUAAGUGAUAAACAUAGUGAUGCCUUGACUAAAGUACCGAUUGUGAUUCCUAUAGUUGGUAUGGGGGGUAUCGGAAAGACAACCCUUGCCCAGCUCGUUUACAAUAAUGAAAAAGUGGAAAGCUUUUUCAAUCUGAAAGCAUGGGCUUGUGUUUCUGAAGAUUUUGAUGUUGCUAAAGUCAUAAAAACGAUUUUACAAUCUAUGAGCAAGGAAUUAGACUGCACUGACAAAGAUCUAAAUUGGUUGCAAGUUGAAUUGAAGAAAAUACUACAUGAGAAAAGGUUUCUAGUAAUUCUUGAUGAUGUUUGGAAUGAGAAAUACAAUGAUUGGAUUCUCCUACGUGCUCCGUUUGAAGCAGGGGCUCCUGGAAGUUGUAUCAUCGUCACAACUCGUAAUCGGAGAGUAUCAUCACUGAUGAGAACCAUUAAAGUUGAACCUUUUCAGUUGGAGUUGUUGCCAAUUAAUGCUUGUAUGUCCAUAUUUUCCCAACAUGCAUUGGAUGCAAAAGACUUUAGUGCACAUCCAGACCUUAAAGAUAUCGGGGAGGAAAUUGUUUUCAGAUGUAAAGGCUUGCCUUUGGCUGUAAAAACUGUUGGAGGCCUCUUACGCAGUACACAAGACCGCAAGGAGUGGGAGAAAGUUUUGAAGAGUACGAUAUGGGAUAUACCACAAGAGAGCAGCGGAAUUGCUCCCUCUCUUAUGUUAAGCUAUCACAAUCUGCCUGCACAUUUAAAGAGGUGUUUUGCUUAUUGUUCUAUACUUCCAAAAAAUUAUGAAUUUGAGGAGAAGGAGGUGGUUCUAUUAUGGAUGGCAGAAGGUUUGAUUCAUCCACGACAAGAUGAAGAGGACAUGGAAGAUUUGGGUAGCAAGUAUUUUCGCAAUUUGUUGUCAAGGUCAUUUUUCCAACAAUCAGGUUUCCAUAAAUCAAGAUUUUUGAUGCAUGACCUCAUCAAUGAUUUGGCUCAAUCAGUUGCAGGCGCGACAUGCUUUAGAAUGGAAGAUAGGAUUGGGGGUAGUCACCAUGGGAUUCUCCCUAUAAAGGCACGCCACUCAUCUUACUUGCAGAGUCAAUUUGACGGUACUAAAAAGUUUGAGGUUUUUUCUAAACUCAUUAGUUUACGCACAUUCUUACCUUUCAUGCAACCAAUUCCAGGUCAGUGCCAUUUGGCCCGUCAUGUUCUUCUUGAAUUGGUUCCAACAUUACGAUGUUUAAGGGUGCUAUCUUUCAAUGGGUACUGGAUAACUGAACUAUCGGAUUCUAUCAGUGAUUUAAAGCAUCUACGGUACCUUAACCUUUCCAAUACUAUAAUUAGGAGCCUGCCUGAAUCAAUAGCUACUCUCUACAACUUGCAAACAUUGUUGUUGAAGAAUUCUUGGUGUCUGAAGAAAUUACCUUCAAUGUUAUGCAACUUGGUCAACCUACGCCACCUCAAUAUUGAAAAUGCAAUUUGUUUGGAAGGAAUGCCUGUGAAAAUAGGUAAAUUAACUUGUCUCCAAACACUGUCUAAUCUCAUUGUGGGAAAAGACAAUUGCUCAAGGGUAAAGGAGCUUGGGCCUUUGAAGCAACUUAAAGGGAAAUUUAACAUUUCAAGAUUAGAGAAUGUGAUUGAACCGAGGGAUGCAAAGGAUGCUGAAUUAAUUAAAAAGAUCAAAAUUAGUGAGUUGUCAUUGAAGUGGAGUGGUGACAUUGAUGAGUCGAAAGAUAGGACAAGUGAACUAGAGGUACUAAAUGGGCUACAGCCUCACGACGCUUUGACGAAGCUGUGUAUAAUUAACUAUGGUGGUACAAAAUUUCCUAGUUGGUUAACACCUCCUUCAUUUCCUCAUAUGGUCUCCUUGAAAAUAUCAAAUUGUCGCAAGUGCACAUCAUUACCUCCAUUGGGGCAAUAUUUGCCAUCAAUCAAAUAUCUUUAUAUCGAGGGCAUGGAUAGUGUGAAGAGUGUUGGUUCUGAAUUUUGUGGCAGUAAUUGUUUCGCACAAUGUUUUAGAUCCUUAGAGAUUUUGCAUUUCUCUAACAUGAAGGAGUGGGAGAAUUGGAGUCCUUGUGAAGAAUUGCCAAAUCUGCGUGAGCUUUCCAUUAGUUGGUGUCCGAAGCUAUUAGGGAAGUUACCAAACAACCUUCCUUUACUAGACAAAGCUCGUAUACAAAAUUGUGAGCUGUUGAUGGGUUCAUUUUCAUGCUUUCCAGAUAAAUGCACACUUAGUACUAAUAUAUACCAAGGGGUGGUGUGUGGAAGCAAGGUUACAUUCAAAUCAAUAGACUUCUCCAGACCACUUUCAGCAAUUUCAAAUGAAGGGCUUGAUAUGGUAGGGCUGGCAGAGUUGGAAUGGUUACUUAUUGAAAACUGUGAGGAGGUUACGAAUUUGUGGUCAUGCAACACUGGAUCACUGGCACAUCUCCCAUUUCUACGUCAUCUCAAAAUUUUUAAUUGUCCCAAACUAGUCUCUUUGGUGGCGGAAGAAGUUGAUCAAGAGUGUCUCCAACUCAGAAUCUCGUCUAUUAGUAUCAAGAAUUGCAUAGCCUUGGAAUCAUUACCCAAGGCAUUGAUGUACAACAACAUGUGCCUUCAUUCUAUUUAUUUAAAAAAUUGUGAUUCGCUAACGCAUUUUGCAAGAAGCCAUCUGCCUCCAACUUUAAAGAAGUUACGUAUAUGGGGGUGCAAGAGUAUGAGGAAUUUGGUGGAGGAUGAUGAUAAUGAUACAAACAACAACGGCAGUUGCAGUAGUGGUAUCACAUCUCUUCUUGAGGACUUGGACAUUGGCAAUUGUCCAUCCCUUGAAUUCUUAACAUCAAGCGGAGAAUUACCUACUACACUUCAAUGCCUCAUAAUUACCCAUUGUCCGAAGCUGGAGUCAGUAGCGAAGAGUUUUCAUCAUAACUCAUUUCUGACAAGUAUCACCAUCUUCAAUUGUGAAAAUCUUCAAUUGUUGAAUGGUGGAGAAUUGCUCCUUCCUUCCAACCUGAGAGAGCUUUAUAUAUUUAAAAGUGAGAAAAUGCAGGUACCACAAAACGGCAUUUUAUCAUUUCCCAGAGAAGGUUUUCCCACAAACCUAACAUCACUUUGUAUCUUUCAUCUUACAAUCACGGAAGCCUUGUUCGAUUGGGGGUUGGACAACUUCACUUCUCUUAAUGAACUUCAGAUUGGUGGAUGUCAGCAUCUGGUGUCCUUUCCAGAGAUGACGUUGCCUGCCUCUCUAACAAGCCUCUACAUCUCAGAGUUAUCGAAUUUGGAAUGCCUUUCUUCCGAGGGCUUAAGAAAACUCACCUCUCUUAAAAGACUCAGUAUUUCUUUAUGCGAGAACCUCGCGUGUUUUCCAAAGGAUGGACUUCCUCCCCCACUCCUAGAGCUUUGUAUCUCUAAUUGCCAAAAGUUGAGGUCCUUUCCAAAGAAUGGCCUACCCCCCUCACUCCAAAAACUUGAAAUCAAUAAAUGUCCUCUAUUGGAAGAACGCUGCAAGAAAGAUCACAGAGGAGAGUGGAGCAAGAUAGCUGACAAUAUCCCUUGCGUUGCAAUUAAUGGCAAAUACAUUAAAGGCAUAGAAACGGAGUAAUAAAUCCAAAGAUAAGUUUGUUUUGGCUCAGAUCCAAAGGUGCUUUGAAUGUUGAAUGGUGGCAUUGAAGAGAUCCCAUCACUCCUAUUGCUUGCUGCAACCAGAUCUGAUUUGCUUCUUGUCAGAUCGUCGAUUGCAUGACAUGGGUAAAGGUGAAGGGGAAGGAGUUCUGCCAAUGUAAUAUCCUUAGGAACGAACUUAAUUGGGUGCUUGCAGAUGGUUCAAAAGGCUGAUGCAAGCUGUUGCAACUUCUGACUGCUAUCUAAAAAAGGAUGUGCAACAGCAAGUUGUUGGCAUGCCAAGUCUUUCUUCAUGUUUUGGGAUCCCCCUAAUGCUUGUAAGAGCUGUUAUUAAGGAGGUGCUUAAAAUGUGUUCUCUCUCUCUCUCUCUCUCUCUCUCUCUCUGUUCAUGUAAUUUGUCAUUAUUUUAUCUGAUUGUAAAUUUGUAAUGAAUCAAAUUAAAGUAAUCCCAAGUGUGAAAUGAAGGUAGCUGCUUUGAAUUUCUGAACCA